AUGCCGUGCCGGAGGGAGGAGGAGGACGAGGACGACGAGGCGGCGGCGGCUGGAGAGGAGGAGGAGGACCAGUCGGUGACUGUCGGGGGCUCGGGGGACGUGGACCGGCUGGUGGCCCAGAUCGGGGAGGCGCUGCAGCUGGACGCGGCGCACGGGAGCCGGCCCGCCCCGCGGGGGCCCCUGACGUUCAAGCAGCAGUCGCCGCCGCCGCUGCGACCCCCGGUGCUGCAGCUGCUGCUGCCUCCGGGGCCGGCUCCGGCGGCCCUGCAGCCCUCGGGACCGCUGCAGUGCGCGGGGAACGGGACCCGCGCUGCCCUGUCGUGGGCGAGCGACGUGGGCGCCACCUCGCAGCCUCCGCCGCGGGCGCCGUCGGGUCCCUGCGCCCCAGAGGGGGCCCCGGCCCGCAGCGGCGCCUGCGGUCCGCACGUCUGCAAGCGGGGCUUCCCGCAGCCGCUGCCUGGCCCGUGCCGGCGCGCCUGGCUUCGGGGCGCCGCCGCCUCCCGGCGCCUGCAGCAGCAGCAGCACCAGCACCAGCACCAUCAGUACCGGUACCGAGGGCAGCCGGGACUCCGGGCCGGAGAGGAUGACCCCCACCAGUUUCUGCAGCAGCUUGUCCUCUCGGGGAACCUCAUCAAAGAGGCCGUGCGAAGACUUCGGAGAGCUGUGGCCGUGGUUGCUGGCUCCGUGGCCCCCGCUGCCCCCAGCGCCGGCCCCUCCUGCGUCUUUGCCUCCGGGGGCGGGAGCGACUGGGGCGGGAGGGACUCUAUCUCCCUGCAGUCCUCGACGACCAGUCUGCUCUAA